AUGGCGUUUACGAUGAAGAAUGUGAACAAAAUCCGCCAGAUCGUCCGCCUGAAACAAGUAAUGCAACGCUGGAAAGCCAUGAGCCUCACUCGCGGCGGCGGCGGCGCUGCUUUUCAGGACACUCACAAACGCAUUCCCUCCGGUUCGCUCGGCGUCUACGUCGGCGUCGAACGCUGUCGUUUCGUGAUUCCGACGCGGUACCUGAAGCUGCCGGUGUUCGUGUCGCUUCUGGAGAAGGCGGAGGAAGAGUACGGUUUCCAGAGCGAUGGCGGCCUGGUUCUGCCCUGCGAAGUGGAGUUGUUCGAGGCGGUGUUGAAGCUGCUCGGGAGAGACGAGCACCGAUACGGCGGAAUUGGAUUGAACGAGUUCGUGGAAUUGUUUUCUCAGGCUUCGUCGUCUGAGUGUGAUUUCUCGUGUAAGGAUCCCAAAGGUGCGUUUACGCCGCUGCUGCACCACAAAGCUAGGGUUUCAAAUUGA